AUGCCGUCCGGAUAUUUCACCUGCCCUGUUGCUGGUAUUCACGUACGUCGUACGGAUAAAAUUCAACUGAAGGAAGCUGAAUUCCACAAUCUGCCUGAGUACAUGCUUCCGGUGGAGCGAUUUUUCCAACGAAAACUAAUGGAGUAUCAGUUGAAGACAGGAAGUAAUGUGUCGCCUCCCUGGUCUAAACGGCGGAGGGUGUUUUUGGCCUCCGAUGAUCCAUCCGUCUUUAAGGAGGCCAGACGGUCAUAUCCAGACUACGAGUUCAUCGGUGAUGAAAAACGUGCCACAUCGGCCUACAUUCAUUCAGUUCGUGCCACACUCGGAAUUUAUACCGAUGUUCGAAUGCUGGCCAGCACUGACUUUCUAUCCUGCACUAUGUCUUCUAAUAUUUGCAGAAUGGCGUCUGAGUACAUGCUGGCCGAUAACCGGAUGAAUAGCGAUUCAACUUUGCACGCGGAGUCGGUGGACGUAAUGUACUUCAAUGUAGGUGAGCGGAAGCGCUGGUGGCGGGCACUCGCAGACUACCCUCCACUAAACAUAUCUCGUGAUGAUCGAGUCUCUCCCAUUGAGAACAAAGAAGCCUAUUUCCUGAAGGUUCAGCGAAGACAGAAUGGUUUGAAAACUGAACUAAAACUGCCGACGUUUCUUUUUGAAGAAGAAGUCCUUCGUUUCCCAGACCGUGAUUAA